UUGAAAAUUGAAUUUUUUUUAGUUUUGACAAAUCGGUUUAUGAUUUGAUUCAUUUGACGCAUGUAAUAUUACCUACCUAUAUAUUAAUUUUCUAAAAACAAAUCGUAACGUUUUCUAGUAUCAGAAGAGUAUCAGUGAACAGUUUUUAUUUUUAUUUAAUCCUCUACUCUCUAUAAUUAUUAUAACAGUGUAAUAUUGUAAAACGUCGACCGUUUUUACGUGUUUAUACGACUGCUCUCGAUACCUGCACUCGGGUGUUUUGUUGUGCAGAAAUUUUAAUGUGAAAUUUAUAAGACAUAAGUCUUUUAUUAUUCGUUGUUAACAAAUUUUUAGUCGAAAUGUUUUAUUUGACGCGACGCUGAGCGUCGCCAGACAUCGCGAACCGAAAAGACGCUUAAGUGCAGGAAGCAGGCGACUGGGGCGCGCUAGAAGAUGUCGAACGUGGAGAAUGUGUGCCCACAAGUGCUACGCGGCGUGGGGCGUGAGCUGCGGCGGCUGGCGGCCAACCCGCCCGCCGGCAUGAAGCUGGUGCUGCGGGACGAUGAUCUCACCGAUGUUGUCGCUUUGAUUGAAGGACCUGCGGACACCCCGUACGCGGGCGGCGUGUUCCGCGUGCGGCUGUCGCUGGGCCGCGAGUUCCCGCAGGCGCCGCCGCGCGCGCACUUCCUCACGCGCAUCUUCCACCCCAACGUGUCGGCGACGGGCGAGGUGUGCGUCAACACGCUGAAGCGCGACUGGAAGCCCGAGCUGGGGCUGGAGCACGCGCUGCUGGCCGUCAAGUGCCUGCUCAUCGCGCCCAACCCCGACUCGGCGCUCAACGCGGACGCGGCGGCGCUGCUGCGCGACCGCUACGCCGACUACUUCGCGCGCGCCAAGCUCUACACCGACAUCCACGCGCGCGCCGCGCCGCCCGCCGACCGCCGCGCACAGGUCUGCCAUUCUCUUCUCGUUAAUAGCCGUUAAACGAUGUUAAAUGAUAUCAUACAUAGGUCUAUAGCAGAUAAAACAUAAUAAUAUUUAAUUAAUUAAGUUUUACACGAGCUAUCGUGUUUCAACCGAAAAAAGUGUUGAUUGACGGGAAUUUUCUUUUUUAUAUUUCUACAUUUCUCUCCGAUUUAUUUUUUUAUCAAUUUUUACCAGUGACAGUAUUAAUCUCCAUUAAAUUAAAUUACCUAUAUAAAAUGAUACCAAAAUCGUGUUGCCGCCUUACUCCAUGACGUGACGGUAUUGCCAUGACGCGAUUUUAAAAUUUUACUCUCAGUACGCCUAAAGAAGUUUCACUUCAAAAAUCUUCAUAAAUUCUUAUUGUUUACGACCCCCAUUUACCAAAAUACAUGUGUACAUAUAUUAUGUAGUUUAGUACAGUCCCCAAUUGAAAUAAAAUUAAUUUCCGUGGGACUCACCUCCGCCAUACGAACUACUGAUAUCCACUUAAUCGGCAUGUUUUUCUGAACACAAAAAGUGCGGUAGUCACUUCCUAAGGGUGUGGAGGGGGUAGCUAUGACGUAGCAAAGAUGGCCGUCGGGCCAUUCCAUUGUGCAGUAUAUCUAGAUACCUACUGGACAGAUUUACCUAAAAAGGGGGUCAAUUGAAAGAUAAUUAAAUAAACAUUAUUUGAUUCCUAACAUUCAUUAUUGUAACACUAACUGAAAUAUUUUCAAAAAACAAUAUUUUAUGAAAUACUAGCUUUCCGCCUGCGGCCUCGCCCGCGUUU